CCCAGCUCCCCAAGCCACUCCUCAAAGGGCAAGGUUUCCAGAGCAGAGAAAUUCUACUCACUUUCAAGAAUAUGCACUCUGUGUGAUGAUAUAUAAACAUGACUACAGCUGCCAGAGAGCUUUGCAAACAGGAAGUGGCCUUCACACAACUUCCUUCUGAAAACCCAAGUGCCGGGUUGCUGUGAAAGCUGCUUAUUAUAGUGCUUACUUGAUCUCCCAGCAGAAGAGAGAUCACUCUGUCUCCCAUCCAAGGAUGAGUUGCCUGUGAAUAGGAUAUGAUUUCACAAGUGCUGAAGGCCACAGAGAACCUCUUUAGGAAAUCGUAAGAGCUUCAUUUGAUCCCCGAUUUAAAACUAUCUCAGAGAGACAAAAAGAGAUGCGGCAUCUGGGCUCAAGAUGGCAUUUCCAGUGCAGGCUGACCUCCCGGCCCUUCUGAUUUCUUAGAGGAAUUGUACGUGUCCAGACAUGCCUGUGAAUUUGGAAGAAUCUAGGCAGAGUUCCUGCUGGGGACUGUGCGGAAAGAUGGCAGCUGCAGAACCACUGACUGCUUUCUCCCGCUGGUACCUUUAUGCCAUUCAUGGUUACUUCUGUGAGGUGAUGUUCACAGCUGCGUGGGAGUUUGUAGUCAAUUUCAACUGGAAGUUCCCAGGUGUCACGAGUGUAUGGGCCCUUUUCAUCUAUGGAACAUCCAUCUUAAUUGUAGAAAAGAUGUAUCUGUACCUGAAGGACAAAUGUAACAUAGUCCUGCGCUGCCUAAUUUAUACCUUGUGGACGUAUGUAUGGGAAUUCACCACUGGCUUCAUCCUGCGCCAGUUCAAUGCUUGCCCUUGGGACUAUUCACAGUUUGACUUGAACUUCAUGGGCCUCAUAACUCUGGAGUAUGCUAUUCCAUGGUUCUGUGCGGCAAUUAUCAUGGAACAGCUAGUAAUCAGGAACACCCUGCGUUUGCGUUUUGAUGAGAAUGCUGAACCUGGGGAACCCAUUGCUGCUGUAACUUUGGCCAAUGGCCAUGUGAAAACUAAUUGAAAGGUGACUUGAAGCUGUGCUGUGACUAAGUGAACUUUCCUCACCCCUCUGUUGAAGACUUGUGAUGACGGCCUCAAAAACAAAACAAAACACCUCCUUCCAAUAUGAUAAACAAACCUCCUGGAUUUGGAGGUAUGCAUGAAAAAGUGGAAUCAGUAGGUUUUCUAUGGAUUUUACUCUUUUUUCCCUUUAAACAACAAGUAGCAUGGUCAGCUACCUGUUGGAUAGAUAGGUUUGACUUGUAACUUACUGUGAAAACAGUCCUGUUCCCUGCAUUUUACUGCAUAGGGGUUGGGGAAUAAGACAAAUGCUAGUCAGCUUUGUACAAAUAACAAGUUAAUGGAUUGGCACAGACACCCCUGUUAAUGUAGAGAUUUGGCUUCUAUUCCGUUUGGCAAUAUUCAGGUGCUUGCUUGCAACCAAUACCUCCCAUGGGACCUGAGAUGCUGCAGGGUCAAGGAAAAACCAACAGCUGCUGAGACAGCCCAACAGUGGCAGCCUACUGGGGAGAUAGAAUUUGCCCUCUUGUGUGCUUCUCCUGAGGCUUUUUUUUAAGUUGCACCAUAGCAUAUGGUAUUAUGGUGCUGGACAGUUUGUUGGAUUUAUAUAAAAAAGAUUACUUUUUGAACCAUCUAUUGUGAUGCUCACUCAAGAGCCUAUCCUCCCAUUCUCAUACAUACAUACAUACAUACAUACACAAACACACAUACACAUAUAUUUAAAUAAAGGUCUCUUUUGCUGGAUGAAUGAUUGCAUUCCUGCACAAGUUGCAUUUUGGCCAAGUAGUCAAAAGUGGGAGAGAAACAUGGCUGAAGUCUUCCCUUCCUUACUCCUCAUAGUGGAACUCAACAGACGGCUCCUUCAGGUCUGAUCCUUGCAACUCUGAAAGUAAGUGUUCUCAUCACCAGGCUCCUCUCUGCCCCCCAACCUCCAGCCAGGCAAUGUUAUGUCACUUGAUGAUGCCAUUGUGGCAAUAGAAGUGGAACUGACCAGCCGUGGUGUUGACAUCACCAGCCCUCCUUGGGAUUUGGAAUCCUAUUGAACAGACUAUUGAGUGCUUGUGCAUAUUUUAGUUUUUGCUGAGUUUUCUCUGCACCCCACCUGCUGUACUCAGUGUCCUAAUCACAGUAUUAAUGGUGCAGCAAUUAAUCCCCUCCUUCAUUAGGUUAUUGAUGAGUAGCUGCUGAUGGUAUCCCAUUGCUUCAGACUGAGGAGCACUGAGUGGUUAUUUAUUCUCCAAGAUCUUCCAGAUUGUGAACAGUGCCUGCAAGUUUUCUAGAAACUGAGGCAAAUGUGGAUUUCCCACAGAGACAUGCAUUUCAGAGGUUUUGCAAGAAGUAGCAGUCAUGAGGAAGCUACAUUUCAUCUGGCAGCCAUUAAAGGAUGUUUUUGUUAACCUGAGGGUAAAAGAAAAACCAAAUCCCAACCUAUCUUUUUUGGGGAUGGGUAAGUUUGCUGAAAAUAACUAAUAUCCUACAGCCUUAAGAGGAGGGCAUGCUUUGUACUAGACCACCUGGGCCAGAACAAUUCCAGGUGUCCUUUGCACUGAAUGGAAAGUAAUUGCACUAGCAAUGAGUUUGACUCAUGAUGUGCAUUUCUUUAUGUGGUCCCAGAGCCUCUUCUGUGUUUGAAGAUGAGGUUGCAUUAUUUGGCUGACCAUUGACUGUUUCAUCCACCUGGUAAUCAGCUCACACAGCUGUUCCUUGUUCUAUUGAGUUCCAUUGAAGAGGGGACAAAAAACACACACACAAAGAAUGUAUCUACACUGCAUUGUUACAGCAGUUUGAUUCCAUUUUAAUGGCCAAGGCUCCAUCUUGUAGAAUCUUGGGAUGGGUUAUUUGCUGAAACACAGUUCUGUUAGAGAGCACUAGUCCACUCCCCUGGCUACGGUAAACUACAAAUCCCAGGAUUUCAUAGCAAGGAGCCAUGUAUUAAAGAGUCAUGGUAUCAUACUGCUAUAACUCUGUACCAUAGAUGUGCUUAAAGACACAUUGUCACUCCUGAAUGGAUUCUUAUAAAUAAGAAAAAGUGUAGCAUUAACUUGUCUUGUAUUUUCUGAGUGUGAUUAAUUUAUAUCUCCCCAUUUUCCCUUCAGGUAUGAUAUCCAUUGCUGGCAAUGGAUGGUCAGGAGCACUGCCAGUAGACUUUCAAUUAGGUCUGUCCUGUGGUUGACAGUGUCUCCUGAAAUGCUUAGCACUUCACAAACACACACACAGAGAAGCAGACCAUUUUAUAGUCCAUCAGUUCUAAAAAAUGUACUACUGAAUAAAACUCUACUUCAUGUAUGGUGUGGGCCACACCUGAUUUAUUGUUUAACAGCCUGCAACAGUAGUUAACAGAUGGGUAACUCACUGUUUAUAGUGAAUCUGAUCUGACACCCUCUCAAUGUCCAGUUCUAUACAUGUCUACUCAGCGGAAAAGCCCACUUGAAUUCAUUGGGCCUGAACUGGACUAGAUUACCUCCAAGCUUUCAUUUAAUUAAUUUUUUUUUUAUAAUUCUAAGCGAGCACAGAAUUGCAGCCUUAAUCAAUAAUGGGAUGUAGUGAAUACUGUGGCAGGGGGAAAAUUUUGCAUCCUAUAUUUCUAAACUGCUGUUCUGUCCUCUCAGAAUGAAUUGGGAAGAUGUCGAAUGCUGGUGGUGUGGCUUCUCAUUAAAAACCUUUUUGAAAACACUAAAAGCAAUUUUCCUCCAAAUAUUCCAUGAUUGAGGGAACAGUAAAAGUAGAAAAUAGGCUGCUUUUACAUUUCUUGGUAAUUUUAGUUUGUGGAGCAUCUCAUAAGGCUGAGUAAGUACUGAGUCUCCACUUUUAGUGAUGAUGGCUGAUUUCCAACGAGUAGAUGUUCAGUUUUGUUCUUUACAUUACCCUGCAAUACUGAUCUCUUAAAUUGGCUUGUAAAAGCAUGAAAGGAAAAUCUCUAAAAAUAGCAAAGUGUCAAGGGUUACAUUUUUGUGAUAUCAAAUAGCACAGCCCCAUGCUCUUUGGGUAAUUUCAUCUUAAAAAGCACCAUUAUUUGAAGGCUGGUCAGUAGUUGUUCGCUUAUUCUGAAGAAUGGCAUCUAGCCUUUACACUACUGUACUAACACCUCACAGAAAUGAGCGACAUUUCCCCAUGAUAUACCAGAACUUCUCCUUUUAUGUCAUUUUCUCGCAAUCACAUGGCAUAGCUGUAGUCUCAAGGAGCUCUAACUUUCACAAAUAAAUGCACUUUAUUUAUAUGGCGUGUGGGGAACUGAGCUGAGCCCAAUAAAUCAAUACUUUUUCUUAUAAUAUCCCCCAGCUAACCCCUUGACCAUAUCACCUUUCUUUAACACUCUAUGUGUCAGCUCCUCAAAUUUCUUCUCUUUUUGGAGGAAAAUCAACAUCAUUGCAGCCAGAUAUUUACUUCUUUCAUUUUAUGUCUGUUUCUUUCUGCAUUUUUUCAGUUCAUGUAAUGGGGAUAGUUGGAUGGGAACUACUACUGUUGUUUUAUAGCUGGGUUGCUUAAACUACAUAGCAAUGGCCACACUAUUGACAACUGUAGUCCAGUAGCUGUGCAGUGGAGGAGCCACUGGCUUCUAAAACACACUACAACAAAACGCACACAAUCCUCAGUUAAAUAUUUGCUUGUAUGUGUAUCCUCCUCAAUAAAGUUGCCUGUUUGAAUU